CGCGUCGGAAGCAUCCAUGCGAGCAGCUUGAUUGCAUCGAACAAAUGUAGCCUGCGUUGCCACUUGUGGAACUGUCUCGAUGCGUCUACCGCUAUCGAUACCAGAGAGCGAUGGAAGACAAGUUGCUCCUCGACUCGCUGAACCUGCCCGGAUGCCUCCGGGAUAGAAUUUUGUGCCGGGUCUCGCCUCCCCCGGUGCCUCGGAACGCGGGUGCCAUGGGAACGAAUGCUUCGGGUGACCCCGGAGGCGGGAGCGAGCGCCGUGCGGGAUCCUUCGUUCUGUACCUCCCGACGGUGGUCCUGCGAAAGCGGCACAACCCGGGAUUUGCGCUGGCGUGCCGCCUCUCUAACCACUACGGGGUUCCGCUGCUCGUGCUCGCGACGGUCCUCGACGACAAGCACCUCGGCCGGACCCCGCUGUCCCCGGUGGCGAUGACCUCCCGCCGCCUGGCGUUCACCCUGGAGGCACUGCGGGAAUCGUGCUGCCCCGACUGGGAGUCGCACGGGGCCGGCGUGGCCGUCCGGGUCCACGGCGAGGGAUGCCGGACCCCCCACCACCUGAGCCUGGCCCACGUUGCGGCGGCGGUCGUCGGCGACGAGCCCUUUGUGGAACCCUACCGGACCUACGUGAGGCGGGUCGCGAAGACCUGCCGUGCCGCGUCGGUCCCGUUCUGGACGGUGGACGGGAGCACGAGCGUGCCCCCGAACCCGAGGCUCGCGAGGAAACCGCCGCCUCCCGCGGCGGCAUCCGCCGUGAUGGACGGGGACGUUGCGUUUUCCGGGGCCCCAAGCAAGGCGUGGCGGUGGGAAAAGGCGACGGACUCGGUGCGGCUGUACCACGUCACCGGGGCGCACAGAGACAAGGCCCUCGAGGCACCCGAUCUGGAGUGCAGGCUGCCUCCCGACUUUUUCCUGGACAAACCGGCGGAAAACACGGCGGAGGAACCCGCCGCCGAUUCACAGACCCACGCCCUGCACACCGAGCACAGCGACGGCGAAAGCUGCUGGCACCGCCUCCGGCGAGCCAUCCCCCCCAAGUGGACAGACCGGCAGACCCCGGCCCCGGGGCAGCGGCCGUGGACCGUCUCGGAGCUUCGGGAGAUCACGGAUUGCAAGGCGUGGGCCCUGGAGUGGGGGGGCGCCGACGCCUCCGUCCCGCCCUGCAAGCAGACCCACGGAUCGGGGGCAGCCGCUAGGAAGCGGUGGCGGUCCUUUCUGGUGUCGGGGCUGAAGGACUACGCCAAGAAGCGCAACGGCAUCGCCAACCCCCACGCCGUGUCCCGGGUGAGCUGCUACCUGAACCUGGGCAUCCUGUCCAUCUUUGACGUCCUGCACGACGUCUGGGAGGCGAGGGCCACCCGGGGGUUCGCCACCGGCUGCAACAAGUUCCUGGAGGAGGUCGUCAAGUGGCGGGAGGGAAGCUACGUGCACGCCUUUGCGCAUCCAAACUACCACUCGGAGGAGGUCCUGCCGGCCUGGGCCCUGAAGGACCUGUCGGGGGCGGGGGCGAACGCGAGCGGGAAGCCCUCCGGUUCCUGGUACGGCUACGAGCAGCUGGAAUCGGCGGCGUCCCGGGACGAAACCUGGAACGCCAUGCAGGAGUACCUGAUCGAAACGGGGGAGCUGCACAACAACGCCCGGAUGACCUGGUGCGUGCGCUUUCGCGUUUGAUCCAAGGGGAGAGCACGGAACCACUGCGUCCGUACCGUGCCCCCUUUGCUUCGCUUUGCUCGCUCACGCACCUUGUUUUGGUUUUGUACUUGUGUUUGCUUUGCUCUGCUCUGCGUUCGUGUGGCUGUGCUCCUCUGCCCCACACCCACGCCACCGACCUCCGCAGGGGCAAGACGGUGGUCCACUGGCAAAAGGAGGGCUUCGCKCCCGGCGAGGUUGUCUGGCAGCUGUGCUGCCUCAACGACCGGUUCGCCCUGGACGGCCUCUCCCCCCCCUCGUACGGGGGGAUCCUGUGGUGUUUUGGGUGGCAGGACAAGCCGGCCGGCGGGAACCAGAAGGUGAGCGAGAAGUGGGCCCACCGGUACCGGACGGGCCCGUCCGGCUUUCGGAGGGCCAGGGAGGCGCUCCUCUGCGGCGGAAGCGGCGUCGUCGAUUCGGUAGGAGUCGACCGGCCGGGACCGUCUCCGAUUGCUCGAAAGAGGAGCUAUGGGGAGGUUUCCGGGGCACAAUCGCCCCGGAAGAAAACCAGCCGCGACGCGACGAACGAGCGGAGCGAGAAAACGAGCAGCAAAAACAGCAUCCUCUCGUAUUUCGGACAGAUCGGGUAGUGACGAAUCCAGGAAACGGCUAUAGGAGCAACGACACAACAAGCUCGGGAGCACACACCGGGCUAGAAUCAAACCUAAGCGAAACG